CUGAGCGCAUCUCACAUUUUCAAACGCGCACCGUGCCGACAACCUGCGUCCUUUAGCAACGUCUGAUGUGUUACUGGGAUACAAGUUGUUCGAAUCUGAUCGUAUGUGCAUUUUGAAAACAGAUAAAAAAAAAGCAUGAAAAGAAAGGAAAAAGUUGAAUGUCUGAAGUUCUUUGUUGUAGUCUUCAACAGCAUGUUUUUGAUACUUGGACUUGCUUUCUUUAGUUGUGGUGUCUGGGUUUUAUUUGACCAGAACAGCUUAAUUGUAAUGAUCAGUGCUGGAAACGCUGUGAAAGCUAUCGCCGCGGCUCUCUUUACAAUGGGCCUGCUUGUUGCUGGUAUCAGUGUCCUUGGAUACAUAGGAGCAGCUACAGAAAUCAGAUGUUUCAUAAUACUGCACAUGACCUUCCUGACACCUAUAGUUGCUGGACAAAUUUUUGUCAUAUCCAUGAUGAUGAUAAAUAAAGAAAAGAUCUCUGGAGCACUGAUGGAUGAGAUUGACCAAUUAAUCAUUGUCUAUGGCAACAAAACAGCGGGUGAACUGGCACAGGUCAUGUGGCAGCUGCUGGACACUCUGCAGUGUUAUGGAAAAUGCUGUGGAAGGAUGAACUAUACUGAUUGGGACCGAAACCUUUACAUCUCCUCACUUCCAGAAAGCAAUAUAUAUCCCUGGUCCUGUUUUAAUGUGAGCAGCUGUCCAGUCCUCCACAGUAACAACAGCACACAGGGGUUUGGCCAAGGGUCAGCGGUCUACCUCCAGGGCUGUCAACAGAGUAUAGAGGACUGGCUGUUGGCAAAUGGACUUGCUGUUUUAGAGUUGCAGUUAGGACUGGUCUUAAUUCAGGCCCUGCAGCUGGCCCUUGGCUUGUGCUUCUGUCACAUCACUCAGAGGAAAGGACAAGAAGUGCAGCCUGAACUAAACAUUCCCUGUGGAGACAAGGCAGUCUAUCUUAGCGUAGCGUGUCGAGACCUUCCUCUGUAAAGCAGACAGUCGAUGCAGUAAUAGCUGAAGGCCUUGAGCAGAAGGUUGCUUGAUUGAGUCCCAGGAGAACCCCAGGUCAUUGUGAAUAUCCAUCCAUCCAUCCAUCCAUCCAUUUUCUGAAACCACUUGUCCCAUUCAGGGUUGGGGGGAGUCUGGAGCCUAUCCUGGAGCUUAUGAACAACCCAGGAUGGGGUGCCAACCCAUCCCAGUCAUUGGGAACAUCUUAAUUAGAAUCUAAUAUUCUUUUUGCUUAACACGAAUUUACACACCAUAGCCUCUUGCUUCCAGUGUUGGGGUGCGAAUCCAACCCCAACCUGUCCGUCUGUGUGUGUGGUCCAAGUAUACCUUACGUCGUGGGUAAUAAAUGCCCCCACAAUGUUUCAAAAACCUGUCAUUUUGGGGAUCAUUUUUACAGUCCCCUU